AUGUCCGAAAAAUGCGCCGGAAAUUGCGGAAAAAAUGUGUCAGAAAUUGCGGGAAAAUGUGUCGGAGAUUGCGGGAAAAUUGCGUCGGAGAUUGCGGAAAUCCGAGAAAUGUGCCGGGAAUUGCGGAAAAAUGUGUCAGGGAUUGCAGAAAUGUGUCGGGAAUUGUGGAAAAAUGUGUUGGAGAUUGCAGAAAUGCAUUGGAGAUUGCGGAAAAAUGGGCCGGAAAUUGCAGAAAUGCGUCCGGAUGGUGUUGGAAAACCACUACAGGAAUUGGAGUUUGCUGAAGACGUCCGGAAUCCAGGUGUCAGGAACUUGCUCAAGGUGUUAGUAAUGUACUCCAAACGUUGGAAACGCACAAAAGAAAUCAGAGAUUUGCUCAAGGCAUUGGAAACCCCCAAAAGACGUAAGGAACUCAUUCAGGGAGUCGGAGACAUCGGGAAUUCGUUGAAGGCGUUGGGUACUCGCUCAAGGAGUCAGGAAUUCAUUGAAGACAUUGGGCAUUUGUUCAGGGAGCCGGAAACCCGAAACAGACGUUGA